UGACAAGCAGCGGUCCUCUGGUGGGCGUGGAUCCGGAGCUCAGGUCUUCCUGCUCGGUUGAACACGUGGUUCGCCUUCAGUUCCUGUCGGUGUGUGGAGGCUUCCAGUCCAACCGUCACCCCCUUAUUUUCCCUCCCCGUAUUUCUGUAUAAUCGCUGGAAGGGGAGACGUUCUCCUGCUCUCUUUGUACCCCUCCUCCUCCUCCAUUUCUUCGGUCAUGACGCUGGAAGCGAUCCGCUACCGGUCCGGGUCCCUGCAGAUCCUCAACCAGCUGCUGCUGCCACACCAGACCGUCUAUGAGGACAUCCGCUCGGUGCAGAAUGCCUACCAGGCCAUCAAGUCCAUGAAGGUGCGAGGAGCUCCUGCCAUUGCCAUCGUGGGCUGCCUCAGCUUGGCAGUGGAGCUGCGGGCGGGUGCUGGGGGCGACGACCCUGUAACAUUCAUCAGGGAGUCCCUGUGUCACCUCACUUCAGCCAGGCCCACUGCUGUCAACAUGGGCAGAGCCGCCCGCGAGCUGAUGGAGUUUGCAGAGAACGAGAGCAUGGAGAAAAACUCUGAGCAGCUCAGGGAGAGUGUAAUUUCAUGGAUUGAAGACAUGCUGGAGCGUGACGUUAACGACAACCGGAAGAUCGGUAACUAUGGAGCCCAGCACAUCCUCUCCGGCGUCCCGAGGGACUCUGUGACCAUCCUCACGCACUGCAACACCGGCUCUCUGGCCACGGCCGGUUACGGCACGGCGCUGGGCGUUGUAAGAAGUCUCCAUGCUCUGGGCCGGCUGAAGCGCGUUUACUGCACAGAGACGAGGCCCUACAACCAGGGGUCCCGGCUGACUGCGUACGAGGCGGUCGCAGAGGGAAUCCCUGCUACGCUCAUCACUGACAGCAUGGCGGCACUCACCAUGAGGGAAAUGAACAUCUCAGCUGUGGUUGUUGGUGCUGACCGGGUCGUCGCAAACGGUGACACAGCCAACAAGGUGGGUACCUACCAGCUGGCCAUCGCUGCAAAGCACCAUGGGAUCCCCUUCUACGUAGCUGCACCCAGCACAUCAUGUGACUUGAGUCUUGAGAGCGGGAGGGACAUCAUCAUUGAAGUCCGACCCCCUGAGGAGCUCACCAGUAUAAACGGAGUCCCCAUCGCUGCACCAGGUGUCGAGGUGUGGAACCCGGCGUUCGACGUGACGCCUCACCAGCUCAUCACUGGAGGCAUCAUCACCGAGCUUGGGGUCUUCCUCCCGUCAGAGCUCCAGGCGGCGCUCACGGGUCGCCUCACCGCGCUCUAGAAAGCCUCCCCUCGCCUCCUGCUGGCCCUGAUGCACUACUGCACAUCCACGUCACAUGCUCUAAAGGACACUCUUGUCUUCACUGAGGGUGCACAGUUUGUGGUUUGCUUUUGUUUUAAUCAAUGCACAGUCGCUGUAACGUGUCAGUGGUGCACUGUCCAAAAAUCUUUAAUCUGCCAGCUACAAACAAACAAACAAAAAAAAAGACAGGAUUUUUCAGAGCAGGGGGUCAAAAUGUAAGCAGUCUCUUUCUUUUUAGAUUCUCGUUCAGUAAUUUUCACGUCUCGCUUCUUCCCCAUCCCGCAUCUCAUUUCCCUGUUUUUUUAAAAACUCUUUUCAAUCAGGUUCUGCAGCAAACGGAGCUCAGCUUGACUCAUCCUAAUUCAAUUGGGCAAAGUAAAUGACUAGCUGAUGGGGGGGAAAAAAUAAAGCCACACAAACAAAACAAAAAAAAAAAGGGACUAACUCCUUUGAUAACAUAUCAGUCGUGGUUUUCAGAAUGCUGCUACCAUAUUGUAAAUAUUUACUCCCUGCUGGUAGUCUGUACAUAUGUAGAAAACUAACCUCUGCUAGUUAAAAAAAAAAGUAUUGCUAUUUUAACCAAAAAAUAUGGUUAUUAAAAAUCUGAUUUGCUAUUUGAAAUGUUAUAUUAACAUUUAAUUUAUGUUUUUCAGUGUCAGUCUUUUUUCUUCUCUAAUUGUGAUUAUAGCUCAUAGACUUUGACACACAGCCUUUCUUGGUGAUACAAGAAAAUAAACCCCCUUUUUUUUUCUCCUUUUUUUUUUUUUUGCCAAGCUGUCCUGUGUUACAGGACACAGCUGUACUGAUACCUCACUUCAUGUCUUCAUCUCACUGGCUGUGCUGUAAUAUACCACACGUAUAUACUUUCAUUAUACCAACAAGUAUGUGGGACACAGGGAGCCUGGGUGGGAACUUUAUAAAAGCCUAACCUUUUAAGGAAUAGUUAAAUCUUAAAUGGAAGUUUUUGUUUUCUACAACUCUUGUCAAUAAUAAAUCAUUAUCCAUUAAUAAAAUAUUGGAAAAUAGCCAAUAAAGGUUUGUUUAAAGCCAUUACUUUAUUACCUAUUUUUUAAAGCUAAGCAUUAAAGGUCUUGAAUCUGUAAAUGCAUCUGUUAGGGACCUGACAUAAACGAGGACAAAUGUUAAUCAAAAAUGUGGCAAAGUUCAAUUUAAUAAUGCCAAAAGAAAAAUUUAACACCAGUUAAAACUCAAAUGCAAACAUAAAUCUAAUGA